AUGUCCGAUUCGCAUUGCCAGUCCUCCUCUCGUCCUCUCGCCCCUGCUCCAGGUCGCCCUCUGAAACGAAAUGCCUCGUCCGAUGAGCUGGUGCCCGUGCGAAAGCACAAAACCACCGCUUGCAAGGCCUGCAAACGCAAGAAACUGAAGUGUCGCGGAGAUCCUCCAUGUCAGCACUGCGUCAGCCAUGGCAUCAAAUGCGAGGUCGACGCAAUGUCCGACAUGCGCCGAAAAAACGCCAUGGACCGCAAGGUGGCAAAGCUGGAGAAAGUAGCCGACACGUUGACUCGGCUGGUCAACGCCCUCCGCGACAGCGAGAGUAGACGGGUCUCGCAGCUGCUGAAUCUGAUCCGCAGUAAUGCCUCGUUCGACGAACUCCAGCUGUUCCUCGAACAGCAGUUCUCCCAUUACGAACUGAAGUCGACGCCCGAAUUGCGCGACAUCCAAAGCCAACUCUCCCAGACGACCGAGAUGGCGCCCCUGGGAUGGCGCUACCUACGGGUUGAUCGGCUGGCCGAUGAUCCUGUGUACAAGGUACCCGCGAAGCCUUGGACGACGGUGACGGACGACAGCGAGCUUGUCUCUCACCUGGUGUCGCUCUGGUUGACGUGGACGUAUCCCUGGUUCAACUGGCUGGAUGUCGAUUGUUUGAUCAGACAUAUGCAGGAAGGAAAGCUGAAUUCCCGCUUCUGCUCGCCGUUCCUGGUCAAUGCCAUUCUCGCAGAAGCAUGUUAUUACUCCGACUACGAGGAAGUAUUUACCGUUCCCGGCGACAUGCUCACUCGGGGCGAUCAUUUCUUCGACGAGGCACGUCGUCUGUUCGAGGCUGGAGAAGACGAGGGCGAUUCUCCCAGCCUGCCGACUAUCCAGGGGCUCAUGAUUUUAUUCGUUCGGACGUCGCUGAUGGGCAAAGAUCGAAUGGGAUGGGUCUAUCUCGAUCUGGCCGCUCGUGGAGCCCAAGAGUAUGCUGCGUCUCAUCCACCUCACUUGAUGGAAGAUGAGGAAGAAAGAAGGGCGAUCGACAGGACCCUUUGGGGCAUAUUCGGCAUGGUUUCGACGGCAUCCGUAUCUCUGAUGAAGCAUUUUGAUAUCCACCCUCCCCAAGGGUCCCCUAUUGCUCGCAUCAUCCACCAACGGCAUAAAGACGAUGUCUGGCAACCGUACCCGCGCCCGACCGACGCCGGGGUCCCCAGCCAUGUCUCCUGUGUGUUCAACCGGUGGUGCGCGAUCGCCUGCAUCACCGUGGAAAUUUCCCGCGCGUUCUACCAGGCAGAGGACCGGAUCUCUCGAUCGGAAAUGCUGCCCUUCGUCAACGACAUCUACCAAAGAAUGCAGGACUGGUACGCAGACAUGCCCGAGUGUCUUCUGAUCGAGAACGUCACGGUUCCUCACGCCCUGAGCCUCCACCUCUUCUACCACACAACGGUAAUGCAGACCUUCGGCCUUCUCACAGCAAACAACGACGACCUCGAUCCCGAGACCGUCCACCGCGCCCGGACCAUCUGCGUCGAGAACGCCCAUCGCAUCGCCCAUCUCAUCGGCAUCCACCGCGACAAGUGGGGCAUCGGCCGCAUGGCCCCGUCCACCAUCCAGUGGCUGAGCAUCGGCAUGUUCACCCUCCUCGAGGCCCUCGACUCGGCCGACAACCGCGCCGCCUUCAUCGAGAUGUGCAUCGUCGCGCGGGCGUUUGCGCGCCGCUUCCCGCUGGCCAAGGGGAUCCUGCGCAUGAUCCAGCUCUCGGCGAACCAGAUGCAGGUCGUCUUGCCCGCGGAGACGGAUGCCCUGUUUACGGACUUUGAGACGCGCAGCUGGGAGGGCAAGGAUCGGCAUACGUUUAGUACGUUCUACCCGAACUUUGCGACGGCGGUGCGGCAGGGGGCGACGCGGGAGGGGGACAUGUCCAUGGAUCGGUUCCUGGAGAAAUGGGAUAGUUUGGCCAUUUCAGACUUGAAGGAAGAGCAGGCGGAGGGAGAAGUUGGUUCAUGA